CGGCCCCGCCUCCUUCUGUGUAUCGCAGCCAUCACGGCGUCCUGCUGCUGUUGUUAGCCGCUGCGGGUUUUAUUAAUCGUUUAGAACUGAAUUAAUGUAAAUCGAAUCCAACCACAGAUAUGUCAGCUGAAACAGAUCGAGUAGAGCCUCCAGAGAGCGAGGAAGAAGAUGUGUACGAAGUGGAGAGGAUCAUUGAUAUGCGGAUGGAGGAGGGUGAAGUGCUCUACAGAGUCCGUUGGAAGAAUUACUGCUCUGAUGAUGACACUUGGGAACCAGAGGCCCAUUUGGAGGACUGUCGUGAAGUCCUCUUAGCCUUUAAGAAGAACUGGACUGAAGCCAAGGCCAAGAAAGAAGCAGAGGCCAAAAAGAGCAGCACGAAACUGUUACCCACAAAGAGUGACGUGUUUGAUGCUGACUCGGAGAGCGAUGACAAAGACCGUCCAACUGAGGCUCCUAUCAAAAAGAAGAAAAAGAAAAAGAUCCGUGAAGAGGACCCUCCUUCAAAAGAGAAGAAAAAGAAAAAGAAAGACAAGCGUAAAGAUGAACUCAGGCCUUUACCUGCUCCAGAGACGGACGACGACGAAGAGAGAGACCCAACACCUAGGGAGAAGUCUGAAUUUACAAAACGAAUCGGAGAAUCAGAAGAUGACGAUGAGGAGCCUGUUCCUAUUAAAAAGCACAAAAAGGACAAACGAAAAGACGAGGGGAAGAAAAAGAAAGAAAAGGGAUAUGAUGAGAAGAAAAAGAAAAUAAGAGAUCAAAGGAUUGAAACAUCUGAAGAUGAGGCUGCUGCUCCUCUCGAGGAUGACCUGAGUGAUGGCCCAUCAGAGACCAAAAUGGAUAUUGCUUCUGCAACGGACACUGUAACAAAGAAUACUGAGAAGGCGCGAUUGGAUGAAAAGUCCAAACAAAAGAAGGGGAAAUGGGAAGUGAAACUGCAGGGUAUUAAGGACCUAAUCUAUGACAAAAAGGGCAAAAAGACAGACAAUUCCAGUGGUCAACAGAAAGACAGCAAUUUCCAAAAAGUAAAGAGUCUCAGUUCUAAGAGCAAGGAAGACACUGCGCCGCACUCAUCAGACUCCAGUGACGGUUCCACCCUUCAAAAAAAAUCCAAGGUCAAAGGGCAGGAGAGCAGUUCUGGGCCUGUCAAAGCUCCCACUUCCUCCUCAUCCUCCUCCACAUCCUCUAUCACAGCAGCUACCACUACCAAGGUCAAGGAUGAAGAGUUGUGCAAAGAGGAGGUAGUGGGACCGAAGGAUGCCGCUGGCUCCACUAAUCUGUUUGAGAAGUUCCUGUUGAACUGUGAGGCUAAAGACCGUGCACCACGUAGGCAGGCUGUUCAUCAACCCACAUCAGAGAAAGGCAGCAGCAAACCCACAAAGCUGUUAGGAAAAUUUGAAAAGAUUCCCAAGCCAACCAGAGAGUCGCCAGCCCAGAAAUUAGAGCCUGAGAAGACUGAGCGGACCAAACAAUUAGAUGUCUCCAGACCUGGCCAGAGUUAUGGCUUUAGCCUGGACAGUGAUGAAAAGGAAGGAGAGGAAUCCACUCCAAAGUCGAGGUCUGGAGAGGAUUUGCGGGAGCGGCGGGAGAGAUCAGAGGAGGCACAGCGGUCCAGCUGGGAGAGGAGAACUCCAACAGAUGAUAGGAGAAAGAGGAGAGAAGACAGUGAGCCCAGACUGUUUAUGGCAUGUGACGACAUUCAGGAUUUGCAGGACCCACUUGAGGCUUCUGAGAAGUCUGAGAAGGGCCAGGCCACUCUGAGUCUUGGAAUGGACCUCAACCUAGAUUGGAUGACUCUUGAUGACUUCCAAAAACAUCUGAAUGGAGAUGAUGAGAUCCUCUCUGGCCCACCAUUGUCUCCCAGUGAGUUGCGGGAAGCUGUGAAAAAUGGAGAAUACAUGGCUGUGAAACUAGCACUUAAUUCAAAGGAGGACUACAAUCUGGACCAAGAGGAUGUCAGUGGUAUGUCCCUGAGCAUGCUGGCAGCAGCUGGAGGUCAGGAUGACAUCCUCAGGCUGCUGAUAAAGAAGGGGGUGAGAGUAAAUGCAAGGCAGAAGAACGGCACCACGGCCCUGAUGCACGCUGCUGAGAAGAAUUUCUUGACAACUGUUGCGAUCCUGUUGGAGGCCGGUUCCUAUGUGAAUGCUCAGACAGUAGGAGGGGAGACGGCACUGAUGAAGGCAUGUAAGCGGGGGAAUGCUGAUGUGGUGCGCCUCCUGCUGGAGUAUGGAGCUGACUGCAACAUCCAGUCCAAACACAAGAACACGGCCAUGUACUUUGCCAAAGUCAGCAACAACCUGCUGGUGUGUGACCUCAUCAAGGACCACAUCAGCAUACUGUCCAGCGUGGCAGAGGACACCAUCCGAGCUUACUUCGAGUCUCGUCUGAUGCUGCUGGAGCCCAUCUUCCCUCUGGCCUGUCACAGGCUCUGUGAGGGUCCUGACUUCUCCUUGGAGUUUGGCUAUAAGGCACAACCACAGCCAGAGGGCUCAGGAAUCCUCCUCUUCAUCUUUCAUGCUAAUUUCAUGAAUGAGAUUACAGCGAGGCUCUGCGGGCCCUGCUGUGUUCAUGCGGUCAUCCUGAACGACAAGUUCCAGCUACCCAUCUUCCUGGAUAGUCACUUCAUCUACUCCUUCAGCCCAAUUCCAGGUAUCAACAGACUCUUCAUCCGUCUGGCAGAGGCCCCAGCAGCCAAGGUGAAGCUCCUGAUCUGUGCGUAUAGAGUGCAGCUGCAGUGACGUCGGUGACGGACGCACACUCUGACCAACAGCUGCCACGCUGCCACCCAAAGGAGGAAGAGUGUCCGAUCUUCCGCAGGCUCCUUCUCCUCAGCAGGCUCCUCCUCCCUAGCGUUAAUGUUUAAUUUCCAGUCUUUUUAAUUUUGAUGCGUUCAGUUGAUUUGUACUAUUUUUUUUUUUUUUUUGGUCUUUGAGUGAAGCAGCCUCUGGUUUUUAUGGCGCAGCUGCAUCAGUUUGACCUCAGCUUUGCCCGGACUCUGUGAUUCUACUAGAACUUUUUUCAUGUAUGUUUAUUUGUUUUUCUUGCACAAAGCCAUUGUUUAUAUUUUCUGUACGUAGUGUCACUCACGAUAAAAACUAUACAGAUGAGCAGCUACAACGUUUAGUUGCUCUUUGUUGCGAGAGUCGCUGGUUAAGUUAUUUAGGGUGUACAGUUUAAAGCUAUGAUUGUAUGUUUACUUGAAGGGCUUAAACGUGUCUCAGCGCCCUGCUGUUAGAGGUUAAACGUAGACACUGCUGCAGAAGUCACACGUUUAGCAGAGACUCCGUGUCAAACUCUAGUGCCGAGCUGUCAAUAAAAUCUCAGCCUUUAUAUCUGACAAUCUUUGUGAAAAAGCAUAGGUGAGCGCCCUCUGCAGGCUCAGACUGUAAACACCCUGAUGUGUGGAUUGGAGUUCAUCUGCAGAGGGACCGUGGCUGCCCCACUCUGCUUUAUGAUCCCAUUAUUCAUGUUUUCAUGUUGAGGAGUAACUGAAGAAUGUAGCCAAUUGAA